UCAAACAAACUUGCUCUUAAGUCUAGAAAAAGACAACGAUCUUUGCAUCGUAACGAUAACUGUAAUGGACAAGAUGGCGGUGCGGCGGUUGUUCGGAACGUGACUUAUGAAAUUCUCAACAAUCUCCCUUAACAGAAACGAAAUCCAGAAAUAAAAUCUUCCCUUUCAAGAGGAGAGUGAUUCCCAAAUUUUUCUGUGAUGAAAAGCUUCAUUAACCCAUUUUCAAGUGAAAUAUUAGCGAUUGUAAUUCAAAGGUAAAGAAGAAGGAAGACAAUCGAGCAGCUCGAACCACAACUAGACACAAAUCUGUUUCUGUUGGUAUACUCUUAGUUUACGUCGAAUUUUCCUCUUUACGACACAAAAAAUUUACCUCUUACACACAAAGGAUUGGAAUAAAGUCAUAUAAGGCAAAUAACACUUACCCUGGGAUAAUUUUAGGCUGAAUUAAUGUCAAAAUUACUGAAAGUUGCCAAGUUGAAUAGAUUUUACGGAUCAAACAAGACAAAUCGCCCCAACGGCUUCAACCAAAUACUACAUUCUAGUGAAGUUUUGAGGCCUAAAUUAACCAGUUAACCACUAAAAUCUAUGCCAAAUGAGUAUUACUGACUUUCAAGCUCGAUUCUAGCUAAAAAAACUUACAAAAACGAGAAAUAUUGGGAUUUUAGGGAAAAUGUUUACGAGGAAAGCAAUUACGACAGAGUCGCAGCCACUUGUCGAGAUGUGUUUGUUGCUUGCAUUUAACAAGGUUUUAAACUCAUUUUCACGUCUUCCCCAGCUCUCAUUGUAAGUUAGAUGCAAAUAUAGAUGGUUGGACUUUUAUAAAAUAACUAAAAAGUUCAAACUUCUUCCAGAUUGCAAAAGCUGCAAGAGUUUCUUUACAAAAUGUCAAACUAAACUAAAAUGGAGUUUCGCGUUAAAAGUUAAACUGCAAAUAAGUGGUUGGAUAAAUUUACCGAAACUUACCACCUCUAGGAGCUCACACUAAGUAACUUUCGUUUACGACCAUUACUUUGGAAAUCGCUCCAAAAGAUUAUCCAACAUAGGACGAAACAUUGGGACAAGAAGCACAACUAGGCCAAUGGCCGUCUGAAAUGGCAACAGUUCGUGUGUGUUUCCUCAGUGGUCCGCACACGAUGUAUGAAUAAGAUGCGCGUUCGUAGCUGCGUCACUUCUCCCCAAGCGACUCCGAGUGAAAGUUCGUGAGUUUGAUUGUUUCGCGAUCGAUUUAUUCCGUGGAACCUCGUUACUACAUUAAUAUAAUCAGUCACCAUGGGCGAUGCACCGGCAGCCGCAGCUAAGGCACCCAAGAAAAAGGCACCGAAGAAGCCCGCCGAGCACCCGAAGUACGAAGAAAUGAUUAUCGCAGCGAUUAAAGAGUUGAAGGAGCGAACGGGAUCUUCACGCCAGAAGAUCACGAAAUAUAUAUCGGAACAUUACAAAGUAGGAGAUAAUGUUGCCGUACAAGUGAAACUCAAUCUCAAGAGACUUGUGGCUGCUGGCAAGCUAAUUCAGGCCAAAGGAGUAGGAGCAUCUGGUUCUUUCAAGGUCAACAAAGCUGCUGAGCCGAAGCCUAAACCUAAACCGAAGAAGAAGCCUGCAGCCAAAAAACCGGCAGCCAAACCCAAAAAGAAGCCGGCAGCCAAGAAACCAGCCGCCAAAAAAGCAGCAGCUAAAAAGAAGCCUGCUGCCAAAAAGAAGACUGCGAAAAAACCAGCUGCGAAAAAACCGGCCGCUAAAAAAUCCCCGAAGAAACCAGCCGCUAAGAAACCUGCUGCGAAGAAAGCUGCAAAGAAAGCAAAGACCCCAACGAAGAAGACACCCAAGAAGAAGGCCGCCAAGAAAUGA